ACUAAGUUCCCCUCUGAGCUGGACAGCAGGGUGAGCACACACACAAACAAACUCACACACGCAAAUGAACACACACACACAGGGCCCUGAGCUACAGGAAGAAUGAUGGGCCUGAUGAGGUCGCUAACAAUUCAGUAAUGGAAGAGAGAGAGAGCAAGAGAGAGAGAGAGAGAGAGAGAGAGAGAGAGAGGAGAGAGAGAGAGAGAGAGAGAGAGAGAGACCACCUCUGUCAGCACAGGGCCUAGAGAUGGAUUCAGGCUCAUACAGCUCACUCUCACAUGGAGAGAGGGAGGGAGAGAGAGAGAAAGAGAGAGGACAUAGGGAGGUGUGGCUAUGGGUGGAUAAGGUGGGGGAGAGGGGGGAGAGAGGACAUAGGGAGGUGUGGUAUCGGGUGGAUGGGGAUAGGGGGAGAGGGAGGUAGGGAGGUGUGGUAUGGGGGAGAGGGGGGACGGGGAAGAGGACAUAGGGAGGUGUGGUAUGGGGGAGAGGGGGGGAGAGGGGGGAGAGGGGGGAGAGAGGACAUAGGGAGGUGUGGUAUAAGGGGAGAGGGGGUAGAGGGGGGAGAGAGGAGGUAGGGAGGUGUGGUAUAGGGGGAGAGGGGGGACGGGGAAGAGGACAUAGGGAGGUGGGGUAUGGGGGAGAUGGGGUAAAAAGUAACAUAAACAGAGUUUGUUUGUUUCCUAAUGUUGUGUGUCAUAUUGCUUUGUCAUAUCACUUUGUUAUCACAUUUCUAGAAUUGGAGCCUUUCAAGGUUGUUUAGUCCAUCCUUGAAUGCUACAAGUGACGCAUGUGUUUCUAAAUCGGUAGAACAAACAUUUAUUUUGGGAGAACAGAAUGUGCCUGUUUGGUGGUGGUGGUGGUGUGUGUGUGUGUGUGUGUGUGUGUGUGGGUGUGUGUGUUUGUGUGUGUGUGUGUGUGUGUGUGUAUGUGUGUGUGUGGGUGUAUGUGUUUGUGUGUGUGUGUAUGCUGGUGGAAGAACAGCUUGUGUGUCAUGGCUCAUGCAGUUUCGCUAAAAAGCCUCACGCUGGUAUACAUAUGGUGUGUGUGUGUGUGUGAGUGUGUGUGUGUGUAUGUGUGUGUGUGUGUAUGUGUGUGUGUGAGUGUGUGUGUGUGCCAGUCUCCUGACAGAUGGAGCAUUCACUCUUCGAUAGUGCUGAUUUACUAACAGUGUGAGUGUGUGGGUGUUAUGUGUGUGUGCCUUCGUCCUCGUGUAUUUGUGUUUGCACAUGAACCUGCGUGUGUGUAGAUUGAGCGGACCCUGUUCGAGGACACAGUGAAGACGUUGAACACCUACUAUGCAGAGGCAGAGAAGGUCGGAGGUCAGUCCUACAUGGAGGGAUGUCUGUCGUGCGCUACAGCCUACUUCAUCUUGCUCUGUAUGGAGACACGCUAUGAGAAG